AUGGCAGCCGAAACAGCGCCGCCAGGGGCAGCGGGCGUCGACGCCGCCAUGCUCGAUUUUGCCCUUUACCGCUACAAGCUCUCGCUACCCGCCGCCAUUACAGCUGUCGUCAUUUUUCUCAUCUUGUCACUGCUCCAUCUAUGGCGUCUGUACCGACAUCGAGCCUAUUACUUUACUGCCUUCACUGUCGGCGGUUUCUUUCAGGUAGUUGGAUACUGUGGUCGGAUAUGGUCCCACUUCGACGAUACAUCGAUCGGCGGCUUCGUCAUGCAGGCCAUCCUCAUCCUCGUCGCCCCAGCCCUUUACGCGGCCUCGAUAUACAUGAUCCUCGGGCGAUUGAUCCGCGCCCUACGCAGCGAAGCACUGUCCAUAAUCCCGGUAAAAUGGAUGACCAAGAUCUUUGUUGUGGGCGAUGUGGUGUCGUUCUUCAUGCAGGCAGGGGGCGGCGGUAUCCAGGCUGCUGGUACUCUCGAGCUCUACGACAUCGGCGAAAAGAUCAUCAUCGUCGGCCUGUUUGUCCAGAUCUUCAUGUUCGGCUUUUUUCUCGUCACCACGGUGCUUUUCCAUGUCCGAUUCUCGCAUACCAUACUCGCCUACCAUACUCGGAGCGCCGCCGCACAACACACACCCAUCGCCUGGAAGCGCCAUUUGACCGUUCUAUACGUUGUCAGUGCCAUCAUCAUGGUUCGGAGCAUCUUCCGUGUCGUCGAGUAUCUUCAGGGCAACCGGGGCUAUCUCAUCUCGCACGAAAUUUUCCUCUACAUCUUCGAUGCAGUUUUGAUGGCCGCGGUCAUGGCCAUCUUCCUCGUAUACUACGUCGACGAUCUCGAUCCAGAACGAUCUAGGAAACACGACAGUGCUAUCGAGAUGUUAUCAAGCCAAGACGUCGAUGCCCCUGGCGUGAUCCAGCGCACUUACAGUGCCUGA